CUGAGCCGCCCGGGAGACUGGUCUGACGGCAUUCCGCCUCCCCGGAUAAAACCUGAGGCGACCCGCAGGGAACCCUACACUCUCAGGCCACCCGCCACGCCUGUCCCGACCUGCACAGCCCUCGGGUCCCUCGAGCCCGCCGUGCGCUGCCCCCCCCCCGCCGCCAUGGUGGUUCCCAGACCCCCCCCAGCUCUGGGUGGGGCCUGUCUCAGGAUCCUGGCCUCCCUGCUGCUGCUGGCGGCCUCCGCAGCCACCCUCAAAGCCGCCAGGAUUCCCGCGCCCCCAGCCUGCGGGAAGCCCCAGCGGCUGGACCGGGUAGUGGGCGGCCAGAACAGCGCGGACGCAGAGUGGCCGUGGGUCGUGAGCAUCCAGAAGAACGGGACCCACCACUGCGCAGGCUCCCUGCUCAGCAGCCGCUGGGUGGCCACCGCUGCCCACUGCUUCAAGGGGAAUCUGGACCAGCCAUCCCUGUUCUCCGUGCUGCUGGGGGCCUGGCAGCUGGGGCGCCCUGGCCCUCGGUCCCAGAAGGUGGGCAUCGCCUGGGUGCUGCCCCACCCUGUGUACUCCUGGAAGGAGGGUGCCGGCGCAGACAUCGCCCUGGUGCGCCUGGAGCACCCCAUCCAGUUCUCUGAGCGCAUCCUGCCCAUCUGCCUGCCCGACCCCUCCGUGCACCUCCCCGCAGACACCGACUGCUGGAUCGUGGGCUGGGGGAGUGUCCAAGAUGGAGUGCCCCUGCCCCACCCUCAGACCCUGCAGAAGCUGAAGGUUCCCAUCAUCGACUGGGAAACCUGCAGCCGGCUGUACUGGCGCGGCGCCGGCCAGGGAGCCCUCACCAAGGACAUGCUGUGCGCCGGCUACCUGGAGGGGCAGCGAGAUGCCUGCCUGGGCGACUCUGGAGGUCCCCUGAUGUGCCAGGUGGACGGCGCCUGGCUGCUGGCCGGUGUCAUCAGCUGGGGCGAGGGCUGCGCGGAGCGCAACCGGCCUGGCGUCUACACCAGCAUGUCCGCACACCGCGCCUGGGUGGAGAGGGUCGCGCAGGGCGUGCAGCUCCGCGGGCGUGCGCAGGGUGGCCCCGGGGCCAGCGGGGCCGCCUAGCCUGGGAUGUCAAGCACGUGGCCUCCGCUGCAAACAAGCACCCACCCCGGGGUCCACAUUGGGUCACGCGUCCGGGGGGAGCAGGCCCUGCCCCCAGGCCGGGAGCACCUUAGUGUAUAUAUUAUGUUAAUGGUUUGUACAGUUGUUUGUAACCCUGCCCACAUAUCUUAUUUAUUCUUCCAAUUUCAAUAAAUUAUUUAUUCUCCCGUU